CAGGAGCGGUGGCGGCGGGGAGCGAGGGGACGCGAGCGGGGGUUUAUAAGAAGAAAUAGGAACCUUCUCUCAAGCUGAAGACCAAGUAAAAGAAAACUGUAUCAUGUGUUAGAAUACUGAGGAGUGAAAUUUCUUGGAUUAGUAUAUUUCUGGAUUGCAAAGCAAAAGAAAGAAGAGGCUGAAAAUGGGGAGAAAGAAAAUACAGAUCACAAGAAUAAUGGAUGAACGGAACAGACAGGUCACCUUUACAAAGAGGAAGUUUGGGUUAAUGAAGAAGGCAUAUGAGUUGAGUGUACUCUGUGACUGUGAAAUAGCACUCAUCAUUUUUAACAGCUCUAACAAACUCUUUCAGUAUGCCAGCACUGAUAUGGACAAAGUUCUACUUAAAUACACAGAAUACAACGAGCCUCAUGAAAGCAGAACCAACUCAGAUAUUGUUGAGACCUUAAGAAAGAAAGGCCUUAAUGGUUGUGAGAGCCCUGAUGCUGACGAUUACUUUGAGCACAGUCCACUAUCGGAGGACAGAUUCAGCAAACUAAAUGAAGAUAGUGAUUUUAUUUUCAAGCGAGGCCCUGCUCUGAACAAGAAGGAACACAGAGGGUGCGACAGCCCGGACCCUGACACUUCAUAUGUGCUCACGCCACAUACAGAAGAAAAAUAUAAAAAAAUUAAUGAAGAGUUUGAUAAUAUGAUGCGGAAUCAUAAAAUCGCAGUGAGUACUAAACCUGGCUUGCCUGCUCAGAACUUCUCGAUGUCGGUUACAGUUCCAGUGUCCAAUCCCAACACUUUAACCUACAGUAACCCAGGGAGUUCCCUCGUAUCCCCAUCACUGGCAGCCAGUUCAUCGUUAACAGACACGACCAUGCUCUCCCCACCUCAGACCACCCUGCAUCGGAACGUAUCACCUGGGGCCCCCCAGAGACCACCAAGUACUGGCAAUGCAGGUGGAAUGCUGGGGACAGCUGACCUCACAGUGCCAAAUGGAGCUGGUACCAGUCCAGUUGGAAAUGGGUUUGUGAAUUCUCGAGCUUCACCGAGUCUACUUGGAACUACUGGUGGUGGGAAUGGCUUAGGCAAAGUCAUGCCUACAAAGUCUCCACCUCCACCUGGAGGAAGUAAUCUUGGAAUGAACAAUCGCAAACCUGACCUCCGUGUUGUCAUCCCACCCUCCAGCAAGGGUAUGAUGCCACCAUUGUCGGAGGAGGAUGAAUUGGAGUUGAAUACCCAAAGGAUAAGUAGUUCUCAGUCUACACAGCCUCUUGCUACCCCUGUGGUGUCUGUGACAACUCCAAGCUUGCCUCCGCAGGGAUUGGUGUAUUCGGCCAUGCCUACUGCCUACAACACUGAUUACUCCUUGACUAGUGCAGACCUGUCUGCCUUGCAGGGGUUUAACUCCCCAGGAAUGCUGUCCUUAGGGCAGGUAUCAGCCUGGCAACAGCACCAUCUUGGUCCAGCAGCCCUCAGCUCUCUCGUUACUGGCAGCCAGCUAUCUCAGGGUUCAAAUUUAUCCAUUAAUACCAACCAAAACAUCAACAUAAAAUCUGAACCAAUUUCACCUCCCCGGGACCGUGUAACUCCCUCUGGGUUCCCGCAGCAGCAGCCACAACCACAGCAGCAGCAGCAGCCGCCACCACCGCCGCCGUCGCGGCAGGAAAUGGGUCGCUCUCCUGUUGACAGUCUCAGCAGCUCCAGCAGCUCCUACGAUGGCAGCGACCGGGAGGACCCGAGAAGCGAUUUCCACUCACCUGUCGUGCUGGGAAGGCCACCCAAUUCCGAAGACAGAGAGAGUCCAUCGGUAAAACGGAUGAGGAUGGACACAUGGGUGACAUAAACCUGCAGUGUUGCCUCUUCAGUUUUGUGUUCUGAAAAUGAACUGUCCUGACAUAUCUAAAUUUAUAAAUAAGGACAUGAAAUAAGUAUAUUUAUAUGUAUAUACAUACAUGCAUAUAUAUAUCUUCACAUGCAUAUAUAUGUGCUAGUGUGUGUAGCAUACACAAAAUCAUCAGGCACUUAUGACAAACUUCUUGUAUAGCUGCAGAUGUCCCAUGGUAAAAUGUAACAGAACAAUCCUAUAGGUAUUGAUCUAGCCUGGCACUUACCUGGACUUGUUGUUUUAAUAAUAUAACCUGUUUUGCAAAGAAACGUUGUACCCGCAUUAUAAUCCUACACUAGAUUGCAGAAACCAAGAGGGCUCGCCUGUAGUAACGUCCCUGUGUGUUUUAUUCAAGCUGUAUGGUUACUUGUAGUUAAGAAAUAAUGCUUUGUAGCAGCAGAGCAGUAGAAAAGCAGGAAGAAGAAAGCAAUACUGUACAUAAAAUGACCUUUAUAUUACCCAACCUGGCAUGGGUCUCUAUUGCAGAGGGUGCAUGGAGAAGGGCUGAUGCUGUAAGAAAUAAAAAAAAAAAAACAAACCCACAAAAACCCUGUUUUGCACGUGCAAAAAAAAAUAGUGUAUUGGGUCAAAGAAGUGAUUUUUUUAAUGAGUGAAAGAGAGACAUAGAGAACUCGCAUGAAAUAUUCAGAAAAUAUUAGCCUAGAAAAUAGAACAUUAACAAAAUAAAAUUAAUAUAUUAAGUUAUAAUUGGAAUAUGUUUGACAAAUUUGUUUUUACGUUCAUACCUUGAAAAAUAUAGAAACGGAUUUUAGCUCAUGUAUAUUUUAUAUUAAAGAAAACAAUACCCUAAUGAAUUGAAGACUAUAUAUAAAGUUAUAUACAGUACUUUUGAACACAUUCUGCUAUGAAUUAUUUAUAUAAGCCAAAGCUGUAUGUUGUAGCUUUUUUGUAGAGUAUAGUUUUAUCUUAUUUUGACUUUCUAGUUUUUGCUUUCAAAGAUGAAAAGGAAAAACUUGCGGGCGGAACCUUGGGGGAAAAAUAAGCCAUGAACACUUAUAUGUAAAUUUAAAUUUGAGCCAAACUUUGUGUAUAUAGCAUCCUAAAUAUAUUAUCACCUUUGGUGUAAGUACCUAUGUAUUGUACGUUCACCAGAUUAAAAAGUAUAUUUUUGUGGAUUGACGCCAACUUGAAAAAAGGCGAGGUCCUUAUUAAGUAGAGUAUUCACUGUUUAAUAUUUACUAUUUUGUUAAAUAUACUGUACUUUCUUUGGAUUUUAAUUAUUAUUAAUAUUAUUAUCCAGAUUUUUCAGAGGGUGUAUAAAGGGGUUGUCCCCCUCACUGGUGGUGAAUGUGUGCCGUUAAAUUGUAAUCUCUGUGCUGUAUGGUUAAGCUUCAUUAUACAUUUUAUAUAUAUGUAUAUAAAUAGCAAAGUGGCAAAAAAAAAAAAAUCCGGUGUUAAGUUCAUCCUGCAUAAAUAUAAAAAAUCUGUUGCAACACAUUUUAAGGCAUCGUUUUAAAGCUGCCUCUUCUGAGGAGGAAAAAAAAAACAGUGGAAAAACUUGACCUAAUUUCUCAUGAGAGGGAAAUAACACAUAUCAGAUGAGCACAAAAGGUUUUUUAAGUUGGUAAGUGGUUUGGGUUGAAAUCUGCUGCUUCCAUGAAACAGAGCGAUGAAUGCGGAGGCCCAUCGUGUCCCAACAGCCGGCUAGGAGGUGGUUUGGUUUUGUACUUUGAUUCGGUCGCUUGAUCUUAUUUGCACAGUCCGGCUGUGUCGUGGCGAGGACAAGGACAGCAAGGGCGGUGGUGUCUCUCCUGUAACUAACCAGUCCAGCGCAGGGGGAAGAACGGGGUUUGAGCAGCAAACAGCUGCAGGAGCCGAAAGCUCGGUACCUGCCUUGUGCCAGCCCGGUUUGGUGGAGCUGGUUCUUUGCUGUGUGGAAAUCUGGUCUCUGCCCAGGUCCCUGCUGUGCGUCUCCUCUCCCCGCAGCUGUGAAGUGUUCGUUUGCGCUGGGAACAAAUGGAGUAGAGACAAAUGCAUCUUACUGCUGGUAGUUCUAGUUCUGGGGAGGAAACUACAGUUCUCUUUUAUUAUCCAAACGCCUUUAAACUUAUCCCUGGUAUUUAUUAAAUUUUUACUUGGGCUUUAAUUAUUUUUUUGGUAAUUUAAAAAAUUACUUACUUGAUACUGUAACUAGGAGGGGUGAGAAAUGGAAAUCCCACGGGGACAGCCCUCCCUUCGGCUGCUUGCUUUAACGUGUGAUCGAAGAACAAAGUACAUACAGCUUCCAAAACCGAUUUCUUGUUGUUAUGGUAACUUCAAAAACUGUACAGGUUUCAACUUCCCUUUGGAAUUACUCUCCAUUUAUUGUAGGUAGUUAUCAGCUUCCAGAAGCGUAGGGGAAAACGAGACUCUUUCUAAGGGCAACUCUUAUUUCCGAAGUGACUGAAUUCACUUACCACUUCAGAGAACCUUUUAAUGCUCCGAAAAGUUAUGUGAUUUUUUCGUUAUUUAUGCACAUAUAUGAACUUUGCUGUACAUCUGAGUGGGAGUUCUGCAUUCACAUUUACUGUCUAUUUUCUUGUGUGCCUUAUAAGAUGGCUUUGCUGACUGUAUCUCAAUAGUCUUUAUUUCUAUGCAGGUUUUUAAACAGUACUAUUACUGUUUUCUUAAAGAAAAAAAGCUACAUAAGGGUUAGAGUUUGUAUUGAAAUUGCACCAAUGAAUUUAAAAAGAAAAAAUAAGAAUCCGUUCUUAAGAACUGCAGCCGGGACUGUUCACAUGUUGCCCCAUGCCCUCCACCAGACUCAGCAGAACACGUCUUUCCACAGACCUCCCGUCCCAGGGGGAGACUUAUGCCGCUGAAGAAAUGGGAAUCCUGAUUUUUAAUAACAAGUAACUAACUUUGGAACAUACUUUUUUAGGAAUUGUAAAAAUGUUUUAUAAAAAGAAAAAAAAGAUGACAUAGCACAGAUAUUUCAACAGGUAAAAAAAACUUUUUUUAAUUAACUAUACUGAAUGAAGUUGCAAGUGGGUCCAGUCCUAGUCUGGACCCAUUCACGUCUGAAUGAUUUAAGAUUUUUAUCUCUAGUGUGACAAAUCACCUUACCAUCUCUGAGCUCUCACUAUAGUGUUUAAAAAUACACCUUAUCAGGGAUUCGUCAGAGAAAAAUGCUUUAGCCUUUCCUUUCACUUAAAGGACACUAAUGCAUCAGAACUUGCGAAUUACUGUGCGCACAAGAAAUACAUAGUAAAUAAGGAACAAAAUAACUCCUAACAAUUGAUCACGGGAAGAAGUUAAAUUAGAAUGUGAAAGAAAGACUUAACCAAUGUAAACAUUUAAAUCUUAGUAGAAACUUUCUUCACUUUGCUGUGCAAGAGAACACUGCUUUGCUAUAUUUAAAAUGGCUUUUUUAAAAGAGAUUUAUGUAUUUGGUAAAUGUUUGUAGUCAACAGUUCACAAAGAAGCUGUUCACGGUUUAAUGAUGAUAAGCCGUUUGGCGGCACAAGCUGGACUUUGUUGCCAUCCUUGAGACGAAUCUUUUAAGAAAAAAGUAAGUUAAUCUCAAUUUUUUUCCCUGAAUGUGUUGUUUUUUCUUCAAUAUACAAUAAAUAUUCUAGUGAACUUUUUAUCAAAUGGUUAAGAAAAUGCUAGAGGUUGUUGUAAAAUAUUUGUAUCCUGCAUUCACUAAAGUAAAGAUACUGGCUUUUACUGUGUA